CGGCAUGUGGGAUCCUCCCAGACCGGGGCACGAUCCCGCGUCCCCUGCAUUGGCAGGCGGACUGUCAACCACUGCGCCACCAGGGAAGCCCUGAAUGUCACUUUUGUCACAUACCUAAAUCAGUAUUGUCUGUUGUUUUACUUGCUUUGAUUAUAUUGUUUUUUAUAUUAACUUUUAAUAUCUAAUAGUGCAUAGUAAUUGCUGAUAUUUAUUGGAUGCUUUUUGUAUUCCAGGGAAGUGUUGAGUAUUUUGUAAGCAUCAUCUCAUUUCAUUUUCGUAACUCUAUGAGGUACGCACUUUCAUUCUCAUUUUUGAAACUAAAGCUAAAAAUAACUUAUUCAUUUUCUCAUAGCCAAAAAGUAGCAGAGCUGCAAUUCAAAUCUUCAGUAGUGUCACUCCAUAUCUCAUGUUUUUUUCUCAUAGUUUACCAUGACUAAUAACCUAUCACAGGUUUUGUUAAACUUCAUGUUCUCCACAGCACUGGUUCUCAAAGUAUGGUUCCUGGAACAGUAGCAUUAGCAUCACCUGGGUACUAGUUAGAAAUGCAGAUUCUUGGGCCCUGCUAUGAUCUUAAUGUUUGUUCCCCCCAAAUUCAUAUGUUGAAAUUCUAAUACCCAAAAGUAUGGUAUUAGAAGAUGGGGCCUUUGGGGGAUGAUUAGGUCAUGAAAGUAGAACCCUGAUGAAUGGGAUUAGCGCUCUUAUAAAAGAUACCCCACAAAGCUUCAUAGCCCCUUCCACCAUGUGAAGACACAGCUAGAAGGUGCUGGCUAUGAACCAGGAAGAGAGCCUUCAUCGAAACGUGAUCAUGGACUUGAUCUUGGACUUCCUAGCUUCCAGAGCUGUGAGCAAUAAAUUUCUGUUGUUUAUAAGCUACCCAGUCUGUGGUAUUUUGUUAGAGCAACCCGAAUAGUCUGAGACAGGCCCUACCCUAGACCUACUGAAUCAGAAACGGUGGGAGUGUGGGGAUUUUUAACUGUAUUUAAACAAACCCUCCAGGUGAUUCGAAUGCACGCUCAAGCUUGAGAACCACGGUCCUGUGGUGUCUAGCUCAGGGAACUACACCUUGGAGUUCACUGGAGAUGUUUAUGUGAUGACUGACCAUGUGGACAUUAUCUUUCCAGGGAGCCCCUGGGUCAGAUCUUCCUCCAGAUUCCACCUCACCUCUUCUUAGCAUCUCUGCUUGAGUUUACAGAUGUCCACCAAACUUUAGGCUCCUGAGAGAAUAAAGGCUGAGACCCAGCAUGACCAUGCCAGCUAAUUGGACCUCUCACCAGAAAUCCCUGGGCCUGGCUCCAGAGGAACAUGGCAGCUCAUGUGAGGAAUGUGCCCUUACAGGGAUCAGUGUCCUUCAGGGAUGUGGCUGUAGAUUUCAGCAGAGAGGAGUGGCAGCAGCUAGACCUUGAUCAGAAAAACCUGUACCGGGAUGUGAUGCUGGAGACCUAUAGCCACCUGCUCUCAGUAGGGUAUCAAGUUCCUGAAACAGAGGUUUUCAUGUUGGAGCAAGGAAAGGAGCCAUGGGCACUGCAGGGUGAGAGCCCACAUCAGAGCUGUCCAGAAGGAUUGUGGCAGAUUGAUGACCAGAUAGAGAGCUAUCAACAAAGAGAAAACAAAUCUUUAAGAGAUGUUGCUUUCAUCAAGAAAAUAUUGACUAUAAAGAGGGAUUAUGAAUAUAAAGACAGAAAAAUAAUUCAUGUGAGCCAAAACAUUCCUUCCCCAAAGAGACCUCAUCAGUGUGACUUAUAUGGAAGUGCUUUAAGCCAUAAUUUAGAUUUACACGGUCAUAAUAGAAACAGUGGAUCAAAGAACAUUAAUAAGAUUACUGAAUAUGGUAAAAUUUCUUCCUGUACUAAACAUGAGUGUACUCCAACAGGAGAGAAAUUAUGGGGCCAUAAUCAGUGUGGAAAAAUCCUCAGCUAUAAACAAGUACCCUGUCAACAUCAGAAAAGUCAUACUGGGGCAAAAUCUUAUGAAUGUGCUGAAUUUGGAAAUAUCUUCACCCAGAAGUCACAACUCAAGGUACAUCUGAAAGUGCAUACAGGAGAAAAACUGUAUGUAUGUAUUGACUGUGGGAAGGCUUUUGUACAGAAGCCAGAAUUCAUUACACAUCAGAGAACUCAUACUAGAGAGAAGCCCUAUAAGUGCAGUGAAUGUGGGAAAGCCUUUUUCCAAGUAUCUUCUCUUUUCAGGCAUCAGAGAAUUCAUACUGGAGAAAAACUCUAUGAAUGCAGUGAAUGUGGGAAAGGCUUCUCUUAUAACUCAGAUCUUAGUAUACAUCAGAAAAUUCAUACUGGAGAGAGACACCAUGAGUGCAGUGAUUGUGGCAAAGCAUUCACGCAGAAGUCCACACUCAAGAUGCAUCAGAAAAUUCAUACAGGCGAGAGAUCCUAUAUAUGUAUUGAAUGUGGACAGGCCUUCAUCCAGAAGACACACUUGAUUGCGCAUCGAAGAAUUCAUACUGGAGAAAAACCAUAUGAAUGCAGUAACUGUGGGAAGUCCUUCAUUUCCAAGUCACAACUGCAGGUACAUCAACGAACUCACACAAGAACGAAACCGUCUAUAUGCAACGAAUAUGGGAAGGUUUUCAACAAUAGUUCCAACCUCAAUACACAUAAGAAAGUACAAAUGAGAGAGAAAUCUUCCAUAUGUACUGAAUGUGGUAAGGCCUUUACGUACAGGUCAGAGUUGAUUAUACAUCAGAGAAUUCACACUGGAGAGAAACCUUAUGAAUGCAGUGAUUGUGGAAAAGCCUUCACUCAGAAGUCAGCACUCACAGUGCAUCAGAGAAUUCAUACAGGAGAAAAAUCAUAUAUAUGCAUGAAAUGUGGGCUAGCCUUCAUCCAGAAGGCACACUUGAUUGCCCAUCAAAUAAUUCAUACAGGAGAGAAACCUUAUAAAUGUGGUAAUUGUGGGAAAUCCUUUACUUCCAAGUCACAACUUCACGUGCAUAAACGAAUUCACACAGGAGAGAAACCUUAUAUGUGCACUAAAUGUGGGAAGGCAUUUACCAACAGGUCAAAUCUCAUUACACAUCAGAAAACUCAUACAGGAGAGAAAUCCUAUAUAUGUCCUAAAUGUGGCAAGGCCUUCACACAAAGGUCAGACUUGAUUACACAUCAGAGAAUUCAUACUGGGGAGAAACCUUAUGAAUGCAAUACCUGCGGAAAAGCCUUCACCCAGAAGUCACACCUCAAUAUACACCAGAAAAUUCACACUGGAGAGAGACAAUAUGAAUGCCAUGAAUGUGGGAAAGCCUUCAACCAGAAAUCAAUACUCAUUGUGCAUCAGAAAAUUCAUACAGGAGAGAAACCCUAUGUGUGCACUGAGUGUGGAAGAGCCUUCAUCCGGAAGUCAAACUUUAUUACUCAUCAGAGAAUUCAUACUGGGGAGAAACCUUAUGAAUGCAAUGAUUGUGGGAAAUCCUUCACCUCCAAGUCUCAGCUCCUGGUGCAUCGACCAAUUCACACAGGAGAAAAACCAUAUGUGUGUGCUAUAUGUGGGAAAGCCUUUAGUGGCAGGUCAAAUCUCAGUAAACAUCAGAAAACUCAUACCGGAGAAAAGCCCUACAUCUGUUCUGAAUGUGGGAAGACCUUCAGACAAAAGUCAGAACUGAUUAUACAUCAUAGGAUUCAUACUGGAGAGAAACCUUAUGAAUGCAGUGACUGUGGUAAAUCGUUCACUAAGAAAUCACAGCUCCAAGUGCAUCAACGAAUUCACACAGGAGAGAAGCCUUAUGUGUGUGCUGAGUGUGGGAAGGCCUUCACUGACAGAUCAAAUUUGAACAAACACCAGACAACGCACACUGGAGACAAACCCUAUAAGUGUGUAGUCUGUGGGAAAGGCUUCGUUCAGAAAUCGGUUCUCAGCGUGCAUCAGAGUAUUCACACUUGAGAGAAACAUUCUGAGAAAACCUCAGUGAGAUCAGAUUUUAUUUUACAUUAUGGAAUUCGUGCAACAGAAAAAUAUGCAUAUUAUCGUAACUAGAAAUGCUCCAUCAGAAUGUCAUACAUUACAGAAGAGGACCUCUGAAAGGACCCUGAAUGGGAGGACCCCUUCCCAUAUUGUCACCAGCCUCAGUAAACCUUGAGGCAUUCAUACUGAGAAGGAACUUUGUCAGUUUGGUACAUUAGAAGAAGCCUUCUCAUGAAAACUGUAAUGGAACACUGUUAGCAAAUUCUGCACUGGAAACAUUAUGUGAAGUCAUGUUAAUGAUAAUCCUGUUUACUGUGGAAUAGGUAAUAUGCCAACAAGUUGAAUGGUAGAACAGCAUAAUAUAUACGAUAACGAUAAACCCUAAGUUCUGUGAGAUGUUUGUUGCAGAACACAUUGCCUAACAGAAUUUUGUGUGUCAUUCUUCUGUUGAAUCAAACGUGGUCUGCGUAUCUAAUCCCCCAUUGCAUAUUUUUAUCAAGAAAGGGAUGCCACAAUAAAAAAAUUAUGUAUACAGAUAUAAACCUCAGAGUGUAUGUUGACUCCCCCAUUAUCCUCUAGCACCAUGAAUGGUACCCCCGCCUUAUUAGCCACCAGUAGAGUGUUUUCAACUUUCAUACAGCACAUUGUCUUCUGACCCCUAUAAUUGCAUUAUGACUGCCUAUUCGUGUUGACUACCAUUAUCUCCCAGACUUACUGACCCUUAAUUAGCCCCCAGUAUAGUGUCCUGUGAGCUCCCAUUACCUUCAGGAAAGCUUCUGAAGUAAGAAUGUUCAGGUCACCUCAGUCAACUCUUCACCUUGGUCUCCCUUUUGCUGUUACAGUUUUAUAGUGCUUCCAGCUCAUUUGCCUUCCUUAAUGACUUGACCUUUAUAAUGACAAUAAUGAAUCAAUAACUCAUUAAAACAAACCCCAACAUACCUUCACUGUCUUCUCUCUAUCCAUCUUCAUUCCAUGCACUCUUCAAGGACCUUCUCCCCCAUGUGCCUCAAACACAUCAGGUUAGGUCCUGCCUCAGGGCCUUUGCAUUUGCAGUGCCCUCUUCAAAGAGCACAGUUCCUCAUUAUAUCUGUGUGGUUUACUCCGUUGUGUCUUUCUUCCAAUGGCAUACCUUCACAGAGGCCUGCCCUGCCCUCCCCUGCCUGCCUGGCUUAAAAUUCCAUCAUCCUCCCCUUCCUCCUUUAUCCUCUCCAUAGCACUUAUUACCAUGAUGCCCUGUAUAUUUCACUUAUUUGUCUAUGGUUCCCACUCUAGAAUGUUUUUCCCCAUUUUGUUCACCGUUGUGAGCCUAGACCCAUGCCUGACAUACAACAGUCCUUCUAUGAGUGCACGUUGUGGAGUGUUGACCGUGCUCAUCCCAUGACUUCCCUUUGAUCCUUUCUGUAUUGCAGCAUAAGAUGCUCCGAUGGGGAGAACCAACUUGUCUAAAACACACAAGGCUUUUUCACCCCCAGUCUUUACCUGGGCUGUGCCUCCUUCCUGUUCUAAAAGUUGUAACAUCAUUGUAAACCUUUUGCUCUGAUGCCAGCCCAUUUAAAGAAGGGACUGAGGCACAGGAAAUCACUCCCACAUAGAUGGGACUUGAUGCUUGAUGUUUCAGGAUUCUCUUCAAUGAUUCUGAAAUACCACAGUCAGCUCCAAAGUGAUCACAAAAGAGCCCACUCACACUGCCCGAGCAUGCACAGUCCUGCCUUACCCCAAUUGCACCUUGAUGGGGCCUUGUCUACCCCAUAACCUGACCUACAGACCUGCUUAUCAUGCCCUGACAGGUAUGCCCAAAGCUAAUAAUAUGGAGAGGCCAAGAGCAGAGAAGGGUUGACCUUCCUUAGAAGUUAGGUGUGCAACCUAAGACUGGGGCAGCAGUGGUCUCACAGAUGCAUGCAGAGGGUCUGAUUGAAAGCUCAGCUGCUGGGUGGCCAAAUGAACCAGCAAAAUGGUUCCUUCAAGUCAGUCCAUUGGCAAUGCUGAGAGUGGGAAACAGUUGGGUUGUAUAGAAAUGUUCUCACCUUUGUGAAUAGCAGCAUGAGGGUUGAGAAUGGGGACAGAACCUGGUUAAGGGGACAGGUCUAAGGAUUUUCCUGUAAUCCUCUCACCCAAAUUGGGCAGUGAUUAGAUACCCCAUUACCACACGUUAGAUCCAUGUCUAAUCCAUCAUUAGCUCCCCUUUAUCUCACCCCUUCACAGUAUCUGAUGAGCCACUGUACAUCCUUCUCUAUGUUAGAACAGUAUCUGGUGACCCACUACUCCCUUUUAACUCAUUCAGCACUAUUUCUGGGGCUUCACUCAAUGUUUUACGACCCACCAUUUUCCCCCAACUUAGGACAGUGUUUGCUGAUCCCGCAGGAGAGUGUCUGGAGAUCUCUCCAUUACCCCCUUCUUAACCUACCCCAGCACAAUGUCUGGACACCCUCCAUUAUCCCCCUUUGACUUUACUCCAUCACUGUGUUUGUCACCUCUUAUUACAGGAAAUAGUGUCUGGAGAUCUUCUCAUUACUUCUUCCAGUUACCUCCAGCAUAAUGUGUAUUACUUCACCACAUUUGUGAAGCAGUCUGGUAACCUCCAUACUCCCCAUUUAUUCCCACUUUCACCAAAAAGUAACUGAUGACCGCUUAUUACAAUCCUCAGAGUAGGAAACCAUGGUAUACCCCACCUAAUCCAACUUUUAACAUUAUCUCCUGAUUCUUUCAUUACACCUCUAUCAGGAUGGCUUGUGUUUCCUUCCAUUUGUUGUCCAUCACAAUGAUGGUGACCAGUUAUCUUCCAUUACUCCACCUAACAGUGUUUGUAACCAUCCCCAACACAGUAUGUGGUGAUGCCCCCUAUACUCUCUGAACACUGGUGUGUACCAUUAACCUGCUUCCCUCUCCCCAGAUGAGGGCAAUGACUGAUAAGGCACCAUAAACGUCACAUUAGCCAUCUCUGUAGGACCCCCAUUAACAACUGGCACAAAGUCUCUUGGUGCCCAUUACCCACUAAUACAGUAUCUGUGACUCUUCCAUUAAAUCCUGGUAAUAUCUGCUAUUUCCCUAUUGGCCCUCAGUAACACAGUGUCUACUGAUUCCCCGUUGCCCACAUUGCUUCAUGAAGCCACUUAGUGUGGCUACUGCAAGUCCCCCAGUAUUGCUUCUCCAAGUCCCCACUGUUUGCCUGGACAGGAAUCCUGGGGGAUGGAGAAGGGAUGAGGAUCAGGUCCUAGCCUCAUAGACACCCUCCAGGGAAUUGUUGUUCUGGAGUAGGCUGGGGAGGAUCUGGGAGACCCAGGAGAUCACAAACAGCUUCCCAUUUACUACAUGAGGAAUGAAACAAGCAGAAUAGUGAAAGCUGUCAACGUGGAUUAAUAUCCAGGUGCCAACCCUGAUGCCCAGUAACCUCCCCCGAGCCUCAGUUGCCUCACCUGUAAAAUAGAGUUAUGGAGGAUGAAGUGACUUAAUAUGGGUCACUUGAGGGGAGUAGGGCUAGUGGAGACCAAUGAGAGGGUCCCUGUUGUUAAUGAUAUUACUAGUUAUAAGUUGACACAAGAUCAACCUCUGUAUGGCUGUACCAAAACCUCACAGAGGGAAAUGUAUGUUAUUUUAUUGUAAAUUACUUUCAAUUAUUUCUCCUUUAUAUUUACUGUAACAUAAUAUUAUAGUACUGAGAUAUUUUUAAAGUCAGCUUUAUUGAGGUAUAAUUUACACACAGUAAUAGUCACCCUUAAAAGUGUACAGUUCUGACAAAUGUGUACAAUCAUGUGAUCAACAUCACAACCAAGAGUUCCUUCACUCCCCUAAAUUCCCUCCUAUCCCUUUUUAAUCAAUCUCUCUAUCCACUCCCAACCCGUCGAAAUCAUUGAUCCGUUUCCUGUUUCUAUAGUUUUUUCUUUUUCACAUGUCAUAUAAAUGUGUGUGUAUCCAUAUAUAUGUAAAAAUGUGUCUCCUUUGGAGUCUGACUUCUUUCAUUUAGUGUAUUUGAGAUUCAUCCAUAUGGUUGUAUGAGAUACAAAUGGAAAUAUGCUGAUGAAAAGACAUUCAACAUCAUUAGUCAUCAGGAAAAUGCAAAUUAAAACCAUAAUGACAUACCACUACACACUUAUCAGAAUGGCAAUAAAUAACAGUACAAAAGUUGGCAAGGAUGUAAAGCAAUAGACACUUGCAUGCAUUGCUGAUGGGAAUGUUAUACAAUGGUAUCUCCACUCUGGGCAAAAGUUUCACAAGUUCUUAUAAAGUUAACUAUAUACUUAUCCUAUGACCCAGCAAUCCCACUCCUAGGUAUUUAUCCUAGAGAAAUGAGAAAUUAUAUACUCGAAUGUUCACAGAAACCGCAUUCAUAAUCACCAAAAGAUUAGAAACAACCCAAAUGUCCAUCAGUGGGUGAAUAAACACAAUGUAGUACAUCUGUACAAUGGAAUACUACUCAGCCAUAAAAAGGCUGAUUUAUGACACCAGAGAAAGGAAUGAUUCAUUGACACAAGUUACAACGUGGAUGAAUCUCAAAAGUAUGUUUUACCGUGUGAUAAUUUAAAUUAUGUUUGAUAAAAGACUUCUUAUUAGAAAUUAGAUUAUAAAUAUCUAUACAUAAUUAGAUUUGUACAUUAGUUAUAAUUUUAUACUGCAUAUCAUUAUAUACUAUAAUAAUGUAUAUUUGUAAUAUAGUACACUGUAAUACCAUUUAUUGUAUAUUCCUUAUUACAAUAAAAAUGUUUAUUUUAUAUGAAUGUAAUAUGUACUGUAUGAUUAUAUAUUGGAGUAUGUAAUUUUUUUCUAUUUUGUAUAUCAAUUUUUCACAUAAAGUUUCAGUUAUUUGUAUUUUUACAUGUUUACAUUUAAUGUUUAUAGUGUAAAGUUAAAGCUAUAAUAAAAGAGGCCAUAGGGUCUGAAGAACC